CCCUUCCUGGCCUUUGGUCAGUUCGCGGUGGGUGCGCGCGGUGCCGGGCGGACGGACGGCAUCGGCGUCCGCGGUGGAGCGCGUUUCGCGUGGCGGAGCGUGGUUGCUAGGGACACCUGAGGUCGCCCGCUCGCCCAGCAGGCGCAGCGAGGGAUCAGCGCGGAGCCGGCGCCAAGCCGCGGUGAAGCAGGGUACUCUAGAAUACUGCAGCUGUGAGGCCCAGCAUUGAAAGUGAUGAAUUGCUGAGCACUGAAAGUGAUGAACUGCUGACUAGCGCUUGGUAGGCCUCCAGUGAGGUGGUGGCUGCUGAUGCAGUGUGGUUGGGAAGAGGAGGAGUGCCCUGGAGACUUCACACAAGCUGACGGAUUCAAGGAUGCAGUUGGUGCUAGAGGUGUGUGUCACCUUACGUGAGCCAGGCCAUGAGGCCAUGUUGCCAUGAUGUGGGCCCCUCAUGGCCUCAGCAGGAACAGAGCACUACAGUAUUGGCCUGCGCCGAGGAAACAGCUUCAAGCAGAGACAUCCCUCAGGCACAGUAUCUGCUUCACCACCUGAGAAACCCUCAGAGGUCAAACUCUGUUCUCAAGCCCACCAGCAGGUGAAGCCAAUCUGGAAACUGGAAAGGAAGCACGUAGGCACACUGUCAGCAGGGCUGGGCACCAGUCUCUUGGGAGUCCAACCCCAGUCAACCUAUUUCUUUUGCCCUAGCACUUUAUGUAGCUCUGGGACCACAGCCGUCAUUGCAGGCCACAACAAUCCCUGUUACCUGCAAUCUCUCCCUGACUUGUUCAGCAAUACUCUGCUGUACCGCCGUACCAACGUGAGGCAAAAACCCUACCAGCAACUGGAAUCUUUCUGCUUGCGUUCCAGCCCAUCAGAGAAAAGAUCCUUUUCUCUCCCUCAGAAGGGUCACCCUGUCAGUGUCACUGCCAGUAAAGCCACAUCUUCUACAGUCUUUCCCAUGGCCCAGCCCAUGUCAUCUUCACCCACCGAUCCAUACCUCUCAUUGGCAGCAGCUGGGGAAAAUCCUUCAAGGAAGAGCCUGUCCUCUGCCAUCUCAGGGAAGAUUGCAUCUCCAAUGUCCUCCUAUAGGCCAAUGCUGAACAAUAACUCCUUCAUGAGGCCAAAUAGCACUAAAGUGCCCUUAUCACAAGCCACAGAUGGCCUGAAGCCAGUAUCCUCACCCAAGAUCCAGCCUGUCUCCUGGCAUCAUUCAGGGGGUACUGGAGACUGUGUGCCCCAGCCUAGUGACCAUAAGGUGCCCCAAAGCAUUGGCACUGUUUUAGAUGAUGUCACUGCCCCUAUGACCCCAUCUUCUCCUAGCACCCUCAACAUAUCCUCAGCCAGUGUUGCCUCUUCCCACUGCAGUCAGAGUAAUUUUAGGAUGGAGGCACAUCCCUGUGGCCUGGAUGAAAACCUGGAUUCCCAGAGUGCUACUAAAGAGGUACGCUUCACUGAGGCUGUGAGGAAGUUGACUGCAAAAGGCUUUGAGAAGAUGCCACGACAAGGCUAUCAGUUUGAACAGGCUUGUUUUGUGAACCCCAGCUUCCAGUGGGGUCUUCUCAACAGAAGCAGGCGGUGGAAGCCUAUGAUGGGCCAGCGGUUUCCUCAGGAGGAUAUUGGAUUGGACAGUGAAAUCAUUCCUGGUGCCUCAGACACCUUGGGGUUGGACAGUCCAGUCUUUUGUACCAAAAGGAUCAGCAUUCACCUCCUUGCCUCACAUGUCCAUGGGCUUAACCCCAGCCCUACCUGUGGGUCUGUAGCUGACCCCCAAGCACUUGGAGAAGACAGAGCUCCUGUUCCCUCUUCCCUCCAGCCUCUUGGUGUAGCUGAAGUGGCCACUCACCUUUCUUCUGUCCAUCUUGGCCAGCCUGGGAAGGAGCCUGAGAAAGCCAAGAAGCUGAAUUCAUAUGCUAGGAGUAGUCGUUCAGCUACUGACCUCCGGCCAAACCAGGUAGAGCCUGAAGAUACAGAAGAUGAACUAAGAGAUGGUUUGGAAGAUAGCUGCAGCCAUGAUGAGAAUGAAGAAGAGGAGGGAGACUCAGAGUGCUCUUCUUUAAGUAUUGUCUCCCCCAGUGAGUCGGUGGCAAUAAUAUCCCGGAACUGUGUGGAUUUAAUGUCCAAAUCCCUUUCCAAUCAUGAGAAAGUUGUACGGCCAGCCCUCAUCUACAGUCUCUUCCCCAAUGUGUCCCCUACCAUCUAUUUUGGAACUCGGGAUGAAAGAGUGGAGAAACUUCCCUGGGAACAGAGGAAACUACUCCGGUGGAAGAUGAGCACAGUGACCCCUAACAUUGUCAAGCAGACCAUUGGACGGUCACACUUCAAAAUCAGCAAGAGAAAUGAUGACUGGCUGGGCUGCUGGGGUCACCACAUGAAGUCUCCUGGUUUUCGAUCCAUUAGAGAGCAUCAGAAGCUAAACCACUUCCCAGGCUCCUUCCAGAUUGGGAGGAAGGACCGGCUGUGGCGGAACCUAUCUCGUAUGCAGAGCCGUUUUGGCAAGAAGGAGUUCAGUUUCUUUCCCCAGUCUUUUAUCCUGCCCCAGGAUGCCAAGCUUCUACGCAAAGCCUGGGAGAGCAGCAGCCGCCAGAAAUGGAUUGUGAAGCCACCAGCAUCUGCUCGAGGCAUUGGCAUUCAGGUCAUUCACAAAUGGAGUCAGCUCCCCAAGCGCAGGCCCCUCCUGGUACAGAGGUAUCUACACAAACCCUACCUCAUUAGUGGCAGCAAAUUUGAUCUUCGGAUCUACGUUUACGUUACUUCUUACGAUCCUCUGCGGAUUUACCUCUUUUCGGAUGGACUCGUCCGCUUUGCCAGUUGCAAGUAUUCCCCUUCCAUGAAGAGUCUUAGCAACAAGUUCAUGCACCUGACCAACUACAGUGUCAAUAAAAAGAAUGCAGAGUACCAGGCCAAUGCUGAUGAGACUGCCUGCCAGGGCCACAAAUGGGCAUUGAAGGCUUUGUGGAACUAUCUGAGCCAGAAGGGAAUUAAUAGUGAUGCCAUUUGGGAGAAGAUAAAGGAUGUUGUUGUCAAAACCAUCAUUUCGUCAGAGCCCUAUGUGACCAACCUACUGAAGUUGUAUGUGCGGCACCCCUAUAGCUGCCAUGAACUCUUUGGCUUUGACAUCAUGCUGGAUGAGAACCUGAAGCCCUGGGUCCUAGAAGUCAACAUUUCCCCAAGCCUCCACUCCAAUUCUCCCCUGGACAUUAGCAUCAAAGGCCAGAUGAUCCGAGAUCUCCUGAACCUGGCAGGCUUUGUCCUGCCCAACGUGGAGGAUAGCAUUUCCAGUUCCAGCAGCCCUAGCAUCUCCAGUAGCUCCAGCACCAGCCUGCCAAGCUCUCCUAGGGACAAAUGUCAAAUGACUUCAGAGCAUUUCACUGCACAGAAGAUGAAGAAAGCUUAUUACCUGACCCAGAAAAUUCCUGACCAGGACUUUUAUGCAUCUGUGCUGGAUAUCCUGACACCAGAUGAUGUUCGGGUUCUGGUCGAGAUGGAAGAUGAGUUUUCUCGUCGUGGUCAAUUUGAAAGAAUUUUUCCUUCUCGAAUCUCUUCUCGCUAUCUUCGUUUUUUUGAGCAGCCACGAUAUUUCAACAUUCUCACAACCCAGUGGGAACAGAAGUACCAUGGAAACAAGCUCAAAGGUGUAGAUCUGCUUCGGAAUUGGUGCUACAAAGGCUUCCACACAGGAAUCGUCUCUGACUCAGCGCCACUGUGGUCUCUACCAACAUCGCUCAUGACUGCCUCAAAGAGUGAUGGGACACCCAGUGCCACCAGCAAAUCAGAGCACAGCAAGUCAAGAAAGCAAAGCUGCUCCGAGGGAAACAUGGUGUCCUCUGAAAAUAGGACCACACCUAAGCCUCAGAAGAGUCAAGGUGGCCUAUCCCCCAUAUCUAGGAAGACUUUGUCCUCAAAGAACAAUGAGGACACCAGCAAAGCGUUCAGCCACUCUACCCAGGUGCUACCUGUGCUCAAGUACUCCAGACUUUCGGCUUCUUCUACUUCCCAGUCAGCCGGCGGCUCCCUCCUCACUGCUGUGAGCCUAUGACUGCUUUCCUGCCCAGGGCACUCAGCUACCUCAAGGGAACCAGCCUGCUGACCAGCCUGAGCCUCCUCCUCCACUUGGCCCUUCAUCAGAGUAUUUUUUCAAGUGGUUCUAUUGUAGAUAUGGGCAUCUGGAGGAGUGGUGGUGAUGGGAGAAGGUGAGGAAGGUCCACCCUCUGUCACCUUACUGCCUGGCUGGCACUUCAUAUCUCAGUAGAGAAGCCAGUGUCAUACAGCCAAGCAACCUUAUAAAGCAGGGUUUGGUUUCUACUCAGAGAGCCAUGUGUGAUUUAUUUGAGGCCCUGGUGUAGGGCUUGAGUUGUAGCUCAAGAGGAGAAAG